AUGGCCUCGCUGUUCGGCAGCCUCCCUUCGGCGGCAAUGCGCAACCACGGCCGCAGCACGGCGCUCGUGAGCUCGACCGGCAGCGGCAAUGAGCGCGCGCUGCAGUGGGUCUUCGACGACGAGACCAACAACUGCAUGCACUGCAAUACCCCCUUCACGGUCAUCACGCGCAAGCAUCACUGUCGUCGCUGCGGGAACGUUGUGUGCCACAACUGCUCGCCGCACAAGCGCCGCAUCUCGUCCACGGACCCCUUUCCCAUGCGCGUCUGCAACACGUGCUAUGCAGCGGUGGACGAGCACUUUGCGUCGCUGGAGUGGUCAGGUCACUCGUCGGCUGAGAUUCAGAGCAAGCCCGAUCCGGUGAUUGAAGGUCGGGUGCACAUCGGACAGCUGUAUGUGAAGGUGGUGGAGGCAAUCGGAUUACCGUCGACGGACUCAAUCACGAGUGACCCGUUCGUCAGGGUGAUGUUGACUGGCAAGUGGUCGCACGGACAGGAGUGGGGCAACGACCUGAAGAACAUCAAGUGCACCAAGAAAAAGUCGCGAACGCUCAACCCGCGCUGGCACGAAACGUUCGUCUUUAACGUGUGUGCCCCCGGAGCGGAGUUGGUGUUGGAGGUGUACAACUACGGCCAACUAAGUCAGCCAACGAAGCUAGGCGAGGCAACGAUCCCACUUUCGCAGAUCAUGGAUCAGCGUCGACACAACAAGUGGCUUGAUCUUCUGCUGCCGGAGAAGCUCCACCGCGCGGGACUCAAUAACGAUGCCCGAGCGGGUCGCAUUCACGUCCUGCUGCACUACAAGUUCUCGCGUAUGGCCGAGUUCUGCAGCUACUUCUCCUCGGAGCAAGACUACGUCUACGAAUGGCCGGAGUUUCAGGCGGCGCAGCUGUACAGCAACUUUUGGGUGUUGCUGGACAACCUCUGGCCGUAUCUGGAGGUGAUCUGGCAAAUACUUCCAACGCUCAACUGGGAGCAUCCGACGCAUUCGUUCAUGUGCUUCGCGCUGUGUGUGUGGCUCUGUCUCUCGCUGCAGUGGCUACCGGUUGUCAUCCACCUCGCGCUCAUCGCGUUCGUGCUCCGCAACUACUUCGAGCUCAACUUCCACUCGUUUGCUGCGGCAACCGACGGCAAGGAUCACCCAGGUAGUCCCAAUGUCAAUUUGGACAAUGACAUGAGCAACGGCUCGUUCCGCCAGUACAACCUGCCUUCCGGAUUCAACCACCUCAUGAACAAGAUGACCCACGUAACCAUUGACCAAGAGACGAAGCGAACGCUGCAGUCCGUGCAGAACAAUAUGGCUUGGUGGUCGAGCAUCAUCAACAGCCUCGAGCUCAUGUUCUCGUGGGAAGACACGUUCUACACGGCGCGCAUCCUUCUCUACCUCAUCGUGAGCUGUGUGCUGCACAUCGUGAUCCCCAACAAGUACCUGCUGCUGGCCUUCGUCGUCUACCUCUUCGUGCAGUGGACCGUGCCGUUCAUGUGGUUCACGCACUUCAUCUACGCCAUCCGCCAGUCCAUCCGCUCAUUGGUGCAUCAACACCGUCUCCGGAGCUCGAUGGCGCAGGCGGAUUUGAACGCGAGGCUGCCUGGCGUUGGUCUGGGUGGUGGUCUCAGUCUGAACGACCCACCGCGAGGCAUGCGCCGCACGGUCUCCAACGCCAGUGCCCGUGCUCACGCCCGCGUGUCCAAGAAGGAGGAGGCCUUCGGUGCCGCUGCGUCCGCCAUCUCCGAGCGAUUCGUCGUCUCAGGCGAACCAGCCCUGCGCAAGCGGCAGUGA